AUGCUGGACGAGUGCCUGACGCCAUCUGUCAAGCAUUAUGGAGCAAUACUAUCCAGGCAGGUGUCCUUGCGAAAUAAGGGAUUUCAUUUCUGUGGAGGCGUUAUCCUGAGCAGCCGCUGGAUAAUGACUGCUGCACAUUGCUUUCUGUCCUUUUCAAAAGGGUUUCUCAGUGGUGUUACGGUGGUAGUGGGAGAGUAUGACCGAAGAGUAGAGGAUGCCGAGGAACAGGUCAUUUCUAUCAAAUCCAUCUCAUUCCAUGAGAAAUACCAACAUGAUGUACCCAUGAGCUUUGACGUGGCACUUGUGCAGCUGGAUCAAAAAAUUCAACUUGGAUCCUUUGUCCAGCCUAUUUGCUUGCCGCUACCUGAUGAGUCCAGUCCAAUACAUACCAGUUGUGUCGUGGGUGGAUGGGGGAGGAUAAAAGAACGAGGUCGUCUUCCUGCCAUUCUGAGAGAGGUUCAGCUGGAUUUGGUGGAUCCGGCCAAAUGUAAAUAUGUUCUCCAGACUGUCACAAGAGCACUGCAUGCAGCCAAUACAGUUGUUUGUGCAGGACAAGAAAGAGGAGGAAGAGACACCUGCCAGGGGGACUCGGGGAGUCCGCUUGUAUGUCGCGCAAGAUCUGGCAGCGGACGCUGGGAGGCUCUUGGCAUUACUUCAUGGGGUAAGGGAUGUGGUCGCAGUUGGGGAAACAACAGCAGCCGCCCUCCGACCAAAAGAGGAUCUCCUGGCAUUUUUACCAAUGUGAGGCUUCUGCUACCCUGGAUCAAGUAUACAUUGCGAAAUGGUAAUUCAGGUCUGUGCAGUGUACAGGAUGGGAUUAUAGCUGAAAAUAAAGGGAUAAUCAGAAACCCUCCCCACUACGUUGAUCACUAUGACAACAAUGAGCUAUGUGUGUGGACAAUCAACGUUCCUCCAGGGUCGAGCGUUCUUCUCCAAUUUAAUCAUUUUAACUUGGAGAACGACUCGUAUUGUCACUAUGAUCGACUUGCUGUUUUAAUAGGGAGCAACAGGCCUGUUGAAUGCGGCACAAUUGUUGCAGUCAAAGAGCAGAACACUUUAAGUAGUCCAAAUUACCCACUCUUCUAUAAGAACAACUGCUCUCUUCGCUGGGUGAUUUAUGCUCCACAAGGUCAUAUUGUAAAGUUGGAUUUUACCGACUUUGAUGUCGAGGAGUCAAAUGGAUGUUUGUAUGACUCCCUAACUAUCCUGGGUGAGGUGCAGGGUACAGAGAAAAUUGCGGUGCUAUGUGGUCACAGUAUUCCUCCACCUGUCCUGUCCUACCACAGGGUCAUGGUCCUUGACUUCACCUCAGACAGCAGCAUCACACAUCAAGGCUUCAAAGCAACAAUAGCAUUUAUUAGCUAUACAGAGAACUUGGAUGACACCAAAGAAGCUGUGGGGAUGUCAAGUAGCAGCAGAGUUCUUUUCCAGGAAGUGAAGGAGAGGAGCUUUGAUGAUGAAGAUGAUAGCUCAGAAUCGUCAGGGAGAGAGAAAUAA